AUGACGUCGGUGAAUUACAAGGAUACCGGUGGCUAUGAGAAUCCACCCAAUAUAGUGGAUGCUUCUGGAAAUGACUCCCAUACGCUUUCCACCGAG